UAUACAGUCUGGAAUUUUCUUCCCAAGAACCUCUUUGAGCAGUUCCGAAGAAUUGCCAAUUUCUACUUCCUUAUCAUCUUCCUUGUCCAGGUGAUCGUAGACACACCAACCAGCCCAGUGACAAGCGGACUUCCUCUCUUCUUUGUGAUUACUAUUACAGCUGUUAAACAGGGAUAUGAGGAUUGGCUGCGGCACAGAGCAGACAAGGAAGUCAACAAAAGCAUAUACUUUGUGAUUGAAAAUGCAGCAAGUGUGAAGAAGGAGUGUGAAAAGAUCAAGGUUGGUGACAUAGUAGAAGUGUCAGCAGAUGAAACCUUUCCUUGUGAUCUAGUUUUACUGGCCUCAAGUAGCAAAGAAGGCUCCUGUUACGUCACUACUGCCAGUCUAGAUGGAGAGUCAAAUUUCAAGGUAAGAGGACAAGUUUUCUGCAGUUUUCUUGGCAACAUUUUCAGAAGUG